CGUAAAUAGGUCGUACAGAAGUAGCUAGAAUAACCGGGACGGACUGACUUGCCGUGUCUGACUUCGCGUUAGCUUGUUUUUUGAGUAGCUGACACUAACGCCACCAUCAGAACGCGCUAUAAACGAGCGACCGUUACAUCUGACGUAAUAUGACGUGUCCGAGGUAUUUCCAACGGGCACGAUGAACCGGUCAGUAGGGUGUCACUAAGACGUGUUUUUUUUUUUUGGUUUUGUUGUUUUGUUUUAUUUAAAACGUAGCGUCGCACUUUAGCUGCUCCGCGGUGACUGACGUCGGCUAGUUUCAUUCUGCUGUUGUUUCGCUAGCUGGUCGCGAGGAUGCUUUGCGGCUGGCUGUGACGCACCAGUUUUUGGAGCGUCUCACGUGACGUUGACUCUUUUCCAGCAUGUUUCGUUUGCCUGUCGCGAGCCGCAGCAUGUUUCCUGCAGCCAUCGUCAGAGGAAGGGCAAACAAAGCAGCAGCAGCAGCAGCCGCCAGCAACCUCAUGGAGGUGUUCGUGGAUGGGGACCCCAUCCUGGUGGAGCCGGGGACAACUGUGUUGCAGGCCUGUGAGAAGGUGGGGAUGCAGAUCCCUCGCUUCUGCUACCACGAGCGCUUGUCUGUUGCAGGAAACUGUCGCAUGUGUCUUGUGGAGAUUGAGAAAGUUGCUAAGCCGGUGGCAGCCUGUGCGAUGCCAGUGAUGAAGGGCUGGAACAUUCUAACCAACUCUGAGAAAACAAGAAAGGCAAGAGAGGGUGUCAUGGAGUUCCUACUGGCUAACCACCCGUUAGAUUGUCCCAUCUGUGAUCAGGGGGGGGAAUGUGAUCUACAGGACCAGUCCAUGCAGUUUGGCAGCGACAGGAGCCGCUUCACCGAGGGCAAAAGGGCUGUGGAAGACAAAAACAUCGGCCCCCUUAUCAAAACCAUUAUGACUCGCUGCAUUCAGUGCACUCGCUGUGUGCGCUUUGCCAGUGAGAUUGCAGGUGUGGAGGACCUGGGUACCACUGGCAGAGGGAACGACCUGCAGAUCGGGACCUAUGUGGAGAAGAUGUUCAUGUCAGAGCUGUCUGGAAAUGUUAUCGAUAUAUGCCCUGUGGGGGCCCUGACCUCUAAACCAUAUGCAUUCACUGCUCGCCCUUGGGAGACAAGGAAGACCGAAUCCAUCGAUGUUCUGGACGCCGUGGGCAGCAACAUCGUGGUGACCACUCGUGGGGGCGAGGUGAUGAGAAUCCUGCCUCGUCUUAAUGAGGACGUUAACGAGGAGUGGAUCUCGGACAAAACUAGGUUUGCGUAUGACGGACUCAAGCGGCAGAGGCUCACUCAGCCGAUGGUUAAAAACCAGUCCGGGGAGUUGGUUCCCACAACCUGGGAGGAUGUGCUCCCUCGAGUGGCCGGAGCGCUGCAAGGAGUGGAAGGAAAUGCUGUUGCUGCCAUUGUCGGAGGCUUGGUGGAUGCGGAGGCUCUCAUUUCCCUGAAAGAUUUGCUGAACCGUUUGAAUAGUGACAACCUUUGCACCGAAGAGGUGUUCCCAAUAGCUGGAGCUGGAUGUGACUUGCGUUCCAACUAUCUACUAAACACUGGGAUUGCUGGCAUUGAAGAAGCCGACCUGAUGCUUCUGGUUGGCACAAACCCACGCUACGAGGCCCCUCUUGUCAACGCACGAAUCAGAAAAAGUUGGCUUCACAAUGAGUUGCAAGUGGCUCUUUUGGGGAAGGAAGUGGACCUCAGUUACACAUAUGAUCAUCUUGGGGAGUCCACCUCAAUUCUUCGAGAAAUUGCGUCAGGAAAACACCCGUUCUCCCAGGUCUUAGCCAAAGCCAAGCAUCCUGUUGUUGUGGUCGGCAGCAGCUGUCUGCAGACAGAGGACGGCGCUGCGAUAAUGGCGGCUGUGUCGAGCAUUGCUCAGAGCGCUUGCGUUAGCAGUGGCGCUGAGAAAACCUGGAAGGUUCUCAAUGUGCUUCACAGGGUUGCCAGUCAAGUAGCUGCACUUGAUCUUGGAUACGAACCAGGUGUGGACGCGAUCAGAAAGAACCCGCCCAAAGUGCUGUUCCUACUAGGAGCAGAUGCUGGCUGCAUUACUCGCCAAGACCUCCCUAAGGAUACCUUCGUUAUUUAUCAAGGUCACCAUGGCGAUGUUGGGGCAUCAAUGGCUGAUAUCAUACUUCCUGGAGCUGCGUAUACUGAGAAAUGUAGCACCUAUGUCAACACUGAGGGCCGUGCCCAGCAGACCAAAGUGGCUGUGACUCCCCCGGGCAUGGCGAGGGAUGACUGGAAGAUCAUCCGAGCAAUAUCUGAGCUUGCUGGAGUACCUCUGCCAUAUGAGACCCUUGAUGAAGUGCGUGACAGAAUGGCAGAGGUUUCCCCAAAUCUGGUGCGAUAUGAUGAUGUCGAGGAGGCCAACUACUUUAAGCAGGCUUUUGAACUGUCUAAGGCAGUGGACCAGACUGGCCUUACUGGACCUUUAGUCCCUCCACAGCUCACUGUGAAGGACUUCUAUAUGACAGAUCCGAUAAGCAGAGCCUCCCAGACAAUGGCCAAGUGUGUGAAAGCUGUCAGGGAGGGAGCACAAGCCGUGGACGAGCCAGUCAUAUGCUAAAAGACAAUGGAUAACCAUCCAAUCCUUUAAAAAAUGUUUGUAUUUAUAUACGCACAACUCAGCUAUUUGCACAUUUUUGAAUUGUUUAUUUUUUUAGUUUUAUUAUAGUUGGUGCCUCAUCAUCUAUGCAAAUUAUAAAAACAUACUUUAUUAACCUGCAGAGUGGAUAUUUAAGCUAAUUUACCAAAUUUCCAACUAUGCUUUCCCAAAAGUUUGUUUUCACCUCCUAUGACUUUUUAGUAAGUGUAACUAAAGGUUUCCAAUCAAAUGCAGUAUCUUGUCUUUUAAAGUCCCCCCCAUUAAAAGUGUUAACAUUAUAUUUUUCGAUAGGAAAAUGGAGGUAUAUUGUAUUGGUAUUUGUGUAUGAAUCAUUUUUCUAUAGAAAGCUUAAUAAGCCUCCCAGUCUAAAUGUGCGUUCCUAUUAAAAAAAAAUGUCAAAAGUUCUUAAAAGUA